AUGACUGUGUCCGAUCUCGAACAGCUCCUUGAGAUGGGCUUUGAUAAGGAACGGGCAGAACUUGCCGUUUCCAAGACUGGAGGCCUCCAAGCUGCCCUUGAAUGGCUGGAAGAGAACCAAGACAAGUCACUCGACGAAAUCAAGUCUGCCACAGCGAACACAAACGAGAACGAAGAAGGACCGGCCCUCAAAGAAGGCGAACAACCUCGAAGCCUAGUAUGCAACGAAUGUGGCAAGAAGUUCAGAAGUCAAGCACAGGCCGAAUUCCACGCAUCAAAGACAGAGCAUACCGAUUUCUCCGAGUCUACUGAAGAGAUUGCACCGUUGACAGAAGAGGAAAAGAAGGCUAGACUUGAAGAGCUACGGGAGAAGCUAGCUGCCAAACGGGCGAUACAAUCGGAGCAGGACAAGGCAGAUCAGAAGAGAAAUGAGGAAAUCCGUCGAAAGCACACUAAGGAAUCCCAAGAUAUCAAAGAAGAACUGGAGAAGAAAGAACGAAUCAAAGAAGCCGCACAGAAGAGGAAGGAGAAGCAAGAAGAAAUAGAAGCCAAGGCACGCAUUCGAGCUAAGAUUGCUGCGGACAAGGAAGAGCGACGAUUAAAAGCUGAGCGAGAAAAGGCUGAGCGAGCAGGUCAAGCUCCUCCACCUCAACCCGCGGCACCCUCCUUGCCAACCACUUCCGGUACGGUAACCUCUAAACCAUCCUCGGCAUACACUGAAACCCGUCUACGCCUACAGACGAGCAAGGGCAAUAUUUUGAAGACAUUCCCAGUCGAUACAACAUUGUUCGAAGUUGUGGCGGCACUCAGCAAGGACGAUGGAGUGGAAGUACAGAGUUUCACUCAGAAUUUCCCUCGAAAGACUUUCGAUAGCGAAUACUUUGGAGAAUCGCUUAAAGACUUGGGAUUGACCCCAAGUGCUAGCCUUGUCGCGAACUGA